AUGGCUAGGUUCGUCGGACACCUUCAGCCGGUCUGCCUGUCCGGCUUCCUCGUGGUCCUCCUCUCCCUGGGCUUCCUCCCUCUCCGCGGCUGCGCCAUGGGCCUGCCACGGCCGGCGCGCGACGUGAACUUCACCAUCGGCGUCGAGGGCGUCGUCUGGUGCAACGCCUGCCGCUACGCCGGCUACGUCAAGUCCAAGCACGCGUCGCCCCUCCCGAAUGCGGCGGCGCUGCUGCGGUGCAGGCGAGGGAAAUGGGCGCUGUCGGUGUGGGGCGCGACGGACGCGCGCGGCUACUUCCUGAUCCAGACGGGGAAGCAGGUGGCGGCGUUCGCGAGCAAGGACUGCAGGGUGUACGUGCCGCGGUCGCCGUCGCGGGCGUGCGGCGUGCCGCUCCAGCCCGGCCGGAGGAAGGGUUCGCCGCUCAAGUUCCGCGAGUUCGUGCCGCUCCCCGACGGGCUGCAAGGGCGCUACUCCGCCGGAAACUUCGUCUUCGGCCCGCGAGACCCCAAGAAAUGCCGGGCCUCCGGUUAG